CCUAAGGCACAGGUGGGGAGGGCGGGGCAGGAGGUUGCCCAGGGGUUCGCCUGCUGCAUUUCCCUCACUGCCGCCUUCCCCUUCUUCAUCUUUGCCCCUCAGGUCCGGGCCAUGAGGCUGUCGUUCGUGGGAGAGAUGGGCUGGGAGCUUCAUGUGCCCAAGGAGCACUGUGUGAAAGUAUACCGUGCUGUCAUGGAAGCUGGUGCCAAACACGGCAUUGCUAAUGCCGGUUACAGGGCCAUUGACUCUCUCAGCAUUGAAAAAGGGUAUCGGCACUGGCAUGCGGAUCUUCGCUCUGAUGACAGUCCCCUGGAAGCCGGCCUGGCCUUCACAUGCAAGCUCAGAUCGGAUAUUGGUUUCCUUGGACGGGAAGCGGUCGAGGCCCAGAGAGCCACCGGUCUCUUCUGCCGCCUGGCCUGUUUCACCAUCGAUGAAAAGGUCCCUCUCUUUGGAUUGGAGGCCAUUUGGCGGAACGGCCAAGUUGUCGGGCACAUCAGAAGGGCAGACUUUGGACAUGCUAUCAACAAAACAAUCGCCUAUGGCUACGUCCAUCAUCCAGACGGAGGCCCCGUCUCCCUUGAGUUUGUGAAAGAGGGCGACUAUAUCUUGGAAAGGAUGGGAGUCCCUUUUCCAGCCAAAGUCCACCCCAAAUCGCCUUUUGAUCCAGAGAACAAGAGAGUGAAGGGGAUCUACUGAAUCUGCUGGACAUAGAUCUGGAUCACCAGCAGGAGGGGGACAGUUUAGUGAAAUGGAAUGUGGAGAGUGCAAGGCAAUGUUCAGGACUCAACAGAUUCCCUACCACCUCAAGAAAAGUCCUGAGGCUGAGUUGCU